CUCAGCCACAGCGGCAGCCACGAAGAGCUGCCACACCCAAAAUUUGGGGACCAAGGAUCUGCGGGACUUGGUUGCGCUUCGCUGCGACGAACACUGGACGCAAAACCAAUUUGACAAACGGCGAUGGCGAUGCCGCCCGGCCGCUGAGCUACGAUGCGGCCGCCGAUACUAGCAUUUCGAUUGCGGCCAGGUGUUUUUGAGAAGGUGUGCUCGCAGUGCCCACAAUGCGCGCAACGCGCCGUGCGCCAGGCCAGGCAGUUGUCGCUGAGGCCCGCGAGGCCCGCGAGGCCCGCGCGGUUCUUCUCCCAGUCGGCUUUGCGACAAGCCGCUGCCCCCGGAGCUGCCCCCGGAGCUGGCCCCCGAGCUGCCGCGCCCACCUUGCCACAACAACGGUUUAGGGCCGGCUACUUCCUCUCCAACGCCCUUCUCGCUCGCUCGAAGGGCUCCUCUGCAGCUGCCUUCCCGGCCGCCAGCAGCUCGGCCCCGACCACAGAUGCUCAACCGGCCGCAGCCGCCGCCUCCACUGAGAUCCCCGCCGACAAGACCCUCCUCCCGCACCGCCGUCGGCAGGCCGCACGACGAAAUGCCGCGGCCAGUGCAACCCCACCACCCACCAACUCGAUGGCCACCUCCCUCCCUCCUGACGCCUCAUCCCGCCUGGCCGACGAUGCCGCCCGCGCCCCGGCCGACUCCCUCCGCCGCAAGCUCUCCGCACUCCUCUCCCUCUCCAAGCCGCGCCUCACCGUCCUGGUCGUCCUCUCCGCUAUGGUGCCCUACGCCAUGUACCCCGUGCCCGCCUUUCUCUCCGCCCCGGCUCUCGCCUCCGCAGCCGACACCAUCCCCUCGCUCUCGCCGCUGACCCUCCUCUUCCUCACGACCGGCACGGCCCUCUGCUCCGCCGCCGCCAACGCCCUCAACAUGCUCUACGAGCCCGACACCGACGCCAAGAUGAGCCGCACGCGCGCGCGCCCGCUCGUGCGCCGCCUUUUGUCCACGCGCGCCGCCGUGCUCUUCGCCGCCGGCUGCGCCGCCGCCGGCACCGCCGCGCUGUACCUGGGCGUCAACCCGACCGUGGCGUUCCUCGGCGCCGCCAACAUCGCGCUCUACGCCGGCGCCUACACGCCGCUCAAGCGCGUCUCGGCCGUCAACACCUGGGUCGGCGCCGUCGUCGGCGGCAUCCCGCCGCUGAUGGGCUGGGCCGCGGCCGCCGGCGAGAGCGCCACCGCGGACGGCACCUGGCGCGAGCUGCUCUUCGCCGCCGACGGCUCCAGCCUCGGCGGCUGGCUGUUCGCUGGCCUGCUGUUCGCCUGGCAGUUCCCCCACUUCAUGCCGCUCUCGUGGGGCGUCCGCGACGAGUACCGCGCCGCGGGCCUGCGCAUGCUCUGCUGGAUCAACCCGGCCCGCAACGCCCGCGUCGCGCUCCGCUACAGCCUCGCCUUCGUCCCCCUGUGCGUCGGCCUGUGCGCCGCCGGCGUCACCGAAUGGAGCUUUGCCGCCACCAGCCUGCCCGUCAACCUGUGGCUGAUCCGCGAGGCCGUCAAGUUCUGGCGCUACGAGGGCCACAAGGGCAGCGCGCGCGGCUUGUUCUGGGCCAGCGUGUGGCAUCUGCCUGUUGUCUUGGUGCUGGCGCUUGCGCAGAAGAAGGGCAUGUGGAGCAGGGUGUGGCGGAGCGUGGCCGGCGCGCCGGACGAGGAGGACGAGUACGAUGACGACGAUGAUGAUGCCGAGUGGGUGGAGGAAGCCGGCUCGGCAUCCGGGGUCGGCGCUGUGGGACCCUCCGGCGGCGCCGGCCGAAGCUGAAUUUUUUUCCGGCCGAGAUUCCGGCCGGUGUACAUCAAACAAUGUACGGAAUACUACUUAGAGACUUUCCUGUAGUCGUCACGAUUUUCUUGUAUUUUGUAUAGACCAUCUCGGGGCUUCACUUGUCUUUAUCCACUCGGAUUACGUGACUGCUGUGAGUUACCUGUGGGAUGUUGUCAG